AUGGCUUUACAUCAGUUUGAUUAUAUAUUUGCCAUAGCAAUGUUAUUUGCAUUUUUAGAUGCUUUUAACAUUGGGGCAAAUGACGUUGCAAACUCUUUUGCUUCGUCUGUUUCGUCAAAAUCUCUAAAAUAUUGGCAAGCUAUGGUUUUGGCAGGUCUUUGUGAGUUCUUAGGAGCUGUUUUGGCCGGUGCCAGAGUGUCUGGUACUAUUAAAAAUGACAUUAUUGACGGCAGUGUCUAUAGUAAAGAUCCAGCAGUUUUGAUGCUAACUAUGACAAGUGCUUUGAUUGGUUCAUCGUGUUGGUUGACGUUUGCUACAAUGAUCGGAAUGCCAGUUUCAACCACUCACUCUAUCGUUGGUGGUACGAUUGGGGCUGGGAUCGCAGCUGGUGGUGCUAAUGGUGUUGUUUGGGGCUGGGACGGUGUUGCCCAAAUUAUUGCUUCAUGGUUCAUCGCUCCAGUUUUAGCUGGUUUGAUUGCCGCUGUAGUUUUUACAAUCUCAAGACUCACUGUUCUUGAAGUCAAAUCUGUGGAAAGAUCAAUUAAAAAUGCUCUACUAUUGGUUGGUCUUUUAGUUUUCGCUACUUUCUCCAUAUUGACGAUGUUAAUUGUUUGGAAGGGUUCUCCAAACCUAAAGUUAGAUAAUCUAUCUGAAACUGAAACUGCAGUUUCGAUUAUUCUUACGGGAGCGAUUGCUACGAUUAUUUACUUUAUCUUUUUCUAUCCAUUCUACAAAAGAAAAGUCUUGAAUAAAGAUUGGACACUAAAAUUGGUUGAUAUUUUCAGAGGUCCAUCUUUUUACUUCAAAUCUACCGAUGAUAUUCCUCCAAUGCCCGAAGGCCAUCAACUAACUAUUGAUUAUUACGAGGGUAGAAGAAAUCUUGGAACCACCAUCGAUGUUGAAGAUGAAGAAAACAAGUUAGCCGAUAACUCUAGUGAUUCUCCUACCGACAAAGAUAAGGUUAUUCAAGAAGUAGACUUGGUUAAAACUGAAACUGAACCGAAAGAAAAAUUAUCGACGAAACAAUACUGGUGGUCAUUAUUAAAGAUGGGACCCAAAAAAUGGCCGUUCUUAUUUUGGUUAGUCAUCUCUCAUGGUUGGACUCAAGACGUUAUAAGUGCUCAGGUCAAUGAUACUGAUAUGUUGUCUGGUGACUUGAAAGGCAUGUACAAAAGAUCUAAAUUCUAUGACAACAGGGUUGAAUAUAUUUACUCAGUUCUUCAAGCAAUUACUGCAGCUACUAUGUCUUUCGCUCACGGUGCCAACGAUGUUGCCAAUGCUACUGGUCCUUUAUCUGCUGUUUAUGAGAUCUGGCAAAAAAAUGCUAUUAAAGAAUCAUCCGAUGUUCCUGUAUGGGUUUUAGCCUAUGGUGGUGCUGCUUUGGUUAUUGGUUGUUGGACUUAUGGUUACAAUAUCAUGAAAAACUUGGGUAAUAAGUUAAUCUUACAAUCACCCUCAAGAGGUUUCUCGAUUGAAUUAUCUGCUGCUAUUACGACGGUCAUGGCAACCCAAUUAGGUAUUCCAACUUCAACUACUCAAAUCGCUGUUGGUGGUAUUGUCGCUGUUGGUUUGUGUAAUAAGGACGUCAAGUCGGUUAACUGGAGAAUGGUCGCCUGGUGUUAUUCUGGAUGGUUCUUGACUUUACCAAUUGCCGGUUUAAUUGCCGGUAUCAUAAACGGUAUCAUUUUAAAUGCACCUCGUUUUGGUGGCGAAUAUCAAAUGACAUGA